AUGCGAUCCUCACUUUCCUCUACAGCACUACUUGCUGCAAGCCUAUUCUCUAGAUUUAUCUUUGCACAAGCAACAGGACCCUAUGAUCCAACAUGGGCAUCAACCGACGCUCACAACGCCUCCCCUGAAUGGUUCCGCGAUGCCAAAUUUGGUGUAUACUGGCACUGGGGCGCAUUCACUACCCCCCAGUUCGCAAGCGAGUGGUAUGGUCGCUACGUCUACGAGUCUGAUAGUGCUUCGCGAAGAGAACAUACCCGACGGUAUGGAGCCCCCGAGGUGUGGGGAUAUGACAAUUUCGUCACUGGCGCGAACGAUCUGAACGGCAGCUUUGUACAAUUUCACCCUGUGCUCUCUUCCAAAGGCGGCGUGUGGGACCCCGAGGAUUGGAUCGCUGCUAUCAAUGCCUCAGGUGCCAGAUUCGCUGGUCCCGUAGCCGAACACCAUGACGGUUACUCGAUGUGGGACAGCAAGGUGAACGAAUGGAAUUCUGUCUCUUAUGGUCCUGGAAUAGAUCUGGUAAAGCUAUGGGAGAGAUUUAUCAAACCGACUGGGAUGAAGUUCAUGAUUGCCAUGCACCAAGCCUUUAACACCAACGGCUUCUACGAGUAUGCGCCACAACAAACGAACAGCAGUCUUCAGAAGUUCUAUGGUCAGCUUGGCAAGGAGAAGUCCGAUGAGCUCUGGCUUGCGAAGCAGCUCGAGAUCCUUGACCAUGUUCAGCCAGACAUGAUCUGGAAUGAUUAUGCUCUGGAUGCUCCUGGGUGGUGUGGGGGCUUCCCUUGCAAUAUUGGCGAGCAGCAGCGCCUUGCAUUCCUUGCACACUACUUCAACCGCGGCGUCGAGUGGGGCAAAGAAGUCCUCACGACCUACAAGCACUUCGAUUCGGGUCUCCGCGACACAUCUGCGGUUUCAGACUUUGAGCGUGGUGGUCCGGCCGACAUUGUCCGCCCUUACUGGCUUACGGACGAUGCCAUCAGCGCAUCCAGCUGGAGCUACACUGUUGGGAUCAGAUACUACAAUUCUAAGCAAAUGAUUCACUCCUUGCUCGACCGUAUCAGCAAGAACGGCAACAUGUUGCUCAAUAUCUCGCCAACCGCAGCUGGCAUUCUGCCAGACGAGCAGAGGAAAGUCCUCUCAGAUAUUGGUCUCUAUCUAACACGUUUUGGCGAGUCCGUAUACGAGACUCGUGCUUGGGACAUUUACGGCGAGGGUCCCAACACGAGCGGUGGCGGCUCUUUCACUGCCCCCCUAACGGGGAACAGCUCGGAUAUCCGCUUUACACGCAACAAAGCCAAGGACGUUCUGUAUGCUUCUAUACUCGGUUGGCCUAACAACACUUCUGUAUCAAUUAAAUCUCUCGCCUCGGGCGCUGGGGUUGAUUUGAGCAACUUGGCAUCCAUCGAACUCCUUGGAGACGCCAGUGGACAAUAUGUCGAAGUGGCUGAUUGGAACCAGGAUGAUUCUGCGCUUACCAUCCGACUUCCAUCCAAACCAUCCAAAUCGCACGCGUACGUUCUCAAGCUCAGUUUCACCAACACCAUUCCUGUACCUCUAAUCGCCGGCGGCGCUUCGUUUUUCACGAGCGGUAACGCCUCAGGGCCCGGCAUUUCUUUGCCACAAGGUCAAUUCUUGCCUGCGUUCUUCGAGGAUGCUGGCACCGAUACAAAGGAUGUCCAACUUCUCCGUGUUAGUAGUGGCGCUGCUGUGACGGUGUAUGUGAAUGGAGACCUUAGCGGAAGCUCUGUAGUGUAUACUGCCGGGGAGCAUAAACUUGAGGUAGGGGCUCUUGGAUCGGUCAAAGUCGCUGCAGCAUAG